AUUUUUAUUGGUUUGAGUUAAACAGUCGAUGAUUUAAUUCAAAUCUCUAGUCAUUUAAGUCAAAGCAAAUGAUUGAUAAAAUAGCUAUUACACUUUUAAUUUCUGUUGAAUCGUUUGUUCUUUGCCAUUUAAAAGAUAUGGGAGAGGCAAUAUUAAAUUGGACAACUUUAAAUGAGUAUGAAUUAGAACAUCGAAUUAAUGGUGGAACAACAGUGGAUCUAAAGGAUUAUCCAUUCAACGUGCAAUUUUUCAAUUAUGGUGGGAUCUGUGGUGGUACAAAAUUAACUACGAAAAUAGUUUUAACAGCUGCACAUUGUUUCGAUUUUAAUAAAAAUAAAGCUGAGAUGAGAAUAUUAUCCAAUUGUCAAUUUAUCUAUGGUCAUAAAUCAAACAUUCACUAUAUAUGGGAUUUUAUAGUACACGAACAUUACAAUGAGACUACAGUAUUCUCAAACGAUGUGGCAGUAAUAAUAAUACACGAUAAGUUUGUCUUAGGUCCUUACGUCCAAAAGGCAAUUUUAAUUGACAAUGAUGUAUGGAUGAAUGAAAACGAGACCAGCUUCAUUGGUACCGGGUGGGGAAAGUUAGAGAAAAAUAACAUUAAGAAUAACAAACAUAACGGACUAAUGAUGGUACAACUUAGAUAUAUAUCACGUGACAAGUGCUCACAUAUGAACAAUGUGCAGCUGAGUCCAGAUAUGUUUUGCUUGUACGGAGAUGGACGGGGGGACACGUGUCAUGGUGACUCAGGGGGCGGGAUAUUAUGGAACAGACGAAUUGUAGGCAUUGUUUCACAUGGAAGAGGCUGUGGUAAGACCCCAAGCAUGUAUGGCAACGUAUAUUAUUUGAAACCAUGGAUUGAAGUUGCUGUUAAAGAAUUAUACAAAAGAUUUUGUAGAUUUCAUUAUCAUGAGUAAAUUUUUAUUAUUACAAUAUAUAAUUUACUAUCAUUAAUUGUUUAAUUUUAAAUCAGAUUGUUUAUUAUGUUGCUAACUACCAAUUUCCAUAAGAUCAGCCGCAUCAUGGAAAUUUGUAACCAUUACUUAUAGCAAUGGAGAAUACCAUGGACAUUACAAAAUACUUUACGAAGAAGUCAUAGGCUUACCAUAAUUAGUCCUUAGACUAUAUUUCUGAGUUUUAAAAUACCCAUAAAUACCGAAAGACUGCAUUUUUUACCAAACAUCAAGAAAAAUUACGGAUCUAGGUUAUAGAAACCGUGUACAUUAGUUAACGUCCAAAAUAUUAACUGGUAAGUUGACAAACAUCAUAGAUUACACAUUCACUUCUAAGAUUUCCCUUCAUCAUCAUCAUCAUCAUUAUAAUUAUCAGUAAAGUACUGUCCUCUCCCAUA